AUGGCCUACUCCAUUGGUGAAGGUAACAACGUCGCAUUCUGGCAGUCAGUUUGGAAUGGUGAUCUUCCAUUUAAAGUCAGAUUUAACGGGCUGUUUCAGAGUUAUUUUACGAAGUCAGCGACCAUUCGUGAAAUGGGAUUCUGGGAGGAAGGGCAGUGGACUUGGAAAAUUAGAGAUUCUUUGAUCGACUCAAAUUCCCCUCCUGAACCAGACUGGUCUGAUUGUUGUAAAUUACUGGAUAAUGUAUUAGUUAUCCCCGACGAGUCCGACAAAUGGCGGUGGCUGCUUCAUGAUUCUUUGUCUUUCAAGGUUAGCUCUUUAAAUUCAGUUCUAACUCCCUCUUCCUUUGAUCAAGAUACUGGUUUUGAAUGUGCCUCCCAUCUUGAGUCCCUCUGGAAGACGGUUAUUCCAGCGAAAGUUCAAACUUUCAGUUGGAGAAUGGCGCUUGAUAGAUUGCCAACUAGAACUAAUUUGUUGAAAAGAAGGGUGUUUGAUUCUGAGCAAGACUUGGAUUGUGUGUUUUGUUCUAGUAGCCUCGAGGACAUAUCCCAUCUCUUCUUCUCGUGCUUUAAAUCCAAGCAGGUUUGGAACAAGAUUUGCGAAUGGGCGGAUAUAGAGAUAAUAUCUGAAACUUGCUGCUACUCUCACGUGAAGGCGUGGAACUCAAGCCUUAGUGGUCGGUGUCAAGCGAUCAGAAUAAAUUCAAUUUGGUUUAUUACCUGUUGGAGUAUUUGGAGGUCUAGAAAUGAAGAUAUAUUCAAUAAUGUAGUUACUGAGGUCGACAAUAUUGUUUUCGACAUUAAACUUUCCUCUUGGAAUUGGUUGAUCCUAGGUAGGAAGCGGAGCAAGCAGUAUAGUUUGUACGAUUGGUUCAAAUUUCCCUUUGACUUCUUGUAA